UUUGUAGCUACGAAAUAUGAGUGUUAUCCGUUAUCAGAAUUUAGAAUCUAGCUCAGAAUUCAGUUUUAUCCGUUUUUCAGUGAACAGAUAUGCGCAUCGCGUAAAUCACUACGAAGUGCUAAAACUGAAUCCAUCGUGCACUUCGAAAGAAAUUCGAGAUGCAUUCAUUAGACUAUCGAAAGAGCUACAUCCAGACGCGAAAUCGAAUUCCAGCAAACGUAUGACUAAUGAGAAAUCAUUUGUUCAACUAUUGGAUGCAUAUAAAAUUCUUAGUAAACCAGAGACUCGAGCAAGUUAUGAUCAUGAGCUUUUUUUGCAAACUCGCACUACCGGGAAACAGGCAGCAUACCAGUCAUGGCAACCAAAUACAUCAAACUAUCCGAAGCCCGACCCGGAGUCCUACUAUGGCAUUAAAGGCAUCCGACGAGUUAGCAACUGGAAGAUUAUGUUGAUUUGUUUUAUAUUCAUGCUGUUCGGAGUAUCCAUACAGAUGAUUGCUAUCAAUAAAUCUUUCACUUUCAAUCGGGAUCAGCUGGAUGACAUGUCCCGCAAAAAUGCAAUUAUGCAUGCAGAAGUUCGUGCCGAAGCUGAAAGUCGAGGAAAUGAUGCACAGAUUGAGCGAAUGAAAGCUCAGUUAAACAAAGAAACACUAUGGUGAGGAUAUUAUAGUAAUUUCAACCGAAGUGUGUAAAUAUAUUUGUAAUUAGCGGGCUGGACGACCCUUUCUGUUCAGCUGUAAAUGAAAAUGAGAAUAAAAUAUA